ACUGAGCCAGUGGUAGAAAUGUUACAUUCCUUUGGUGUAGGCGAGUCUAUCGAUAGGACAACCGCUGUUGACUUCCUCACAAAGGGGUACUAAUUUUAUCCACCCCAGAUGAAUGAUAGGCUAUCUAUCCCAACCAGGCUUUUAACUCUCAACAUUGCGAUUGUGAGCCGCUCUUCUCUACCACCGAGCCAUCGGGCCUGUAAUGACUAACUAUUUACAUUGCUGGUCAAUCCACUGCUGGACACUCACCUUACCAAACUGAGUCACGAGGGCAUCAUUUGAGCAUACUUCACAAUAAUAGAGGUUUUUUUUUGGGUUAGAUCACGUAAAUGUAUAAAUGUGUCAUUAAUACCCGCCACCACCCUAUACAGCCAACUAUUAAGGGUUGUCACGUAAACAGAACAUGCUAAUUUACAUUAUCAAGCUGCAGAUUUGUCCUUUAUAUUUAAACACAUAAAACUACACGGGGUACUAUGUGGAGUGACCCAAUUUGUUCUUGCGGUUUCCUUAUCACAUUUCCUUCAGGCCUGACGUUGCACCAUUUAUUUGUGCCAAUCAACACAAUUCCCGCCAUUUGAUUUUAAAUAAGAAUGUCUAAAGAACGGCUAAAGACCGCCAGCGGUAAGAACAGUCGCUUGUUAUUACAUUAACAAUAACCACCGAGUAACUUAUUAAAGAGCAUACACACGUACACAUCAUACGCAAAACGAGUGAUUGAUACAUUCGUGCUGCUAUCCAUUCUACAACUAUUGGACAGCUCAGCGACGACCAGCAAAGGUGGUCUCAGAAUGUGUGCCCUGUACAGAGACAGUGUGGGCUACGAGCAAGUGUGCCUGAGGCCGCUGCUGGCUCAACCCCGGCCACGCUUCAUGACCAAGGAUGGCCGCCCCACGCUGCGCAUGCAUUCCUCCUCCUCAAUGGGCUGCUGGAGCUACGUGCGUGACAUCUGGAGCACGCUGCUGUCACUGCGAUGGCGUUUCAUGCUGCUCGUCUUCUCCGCCGCCUUCCUUCUCAGCUGGUUUGUGUUUGCGCUGCUCUGGUACCUCAUUGCGUACCUGCAUGGGGACGUGGAGGCCUCCCCGGACCCUGAGCACGUCGUCUGCGUGCAGGCAAUCACGAGCCUGCGCGCCGCUUUUUCUUUUGCCGUCGAGACUCAGCUCACCAUCGGCUACGGCAAGAUGUACCCCAACGGGGAGUGUCCGCAGGCCGUGGCUCUGCUUACUGUACAAAUGAUCCUGGGACUCAUGCUGGAAGCGCUCAUUACAGGAGCUUUCGUGGCCAAGCUAGCCAGGCCCAAGCUGCGUUCGGAAACACUACGCUUCAGCCACUUCGCGGUGGUGAACCGGCAGGGAGAGCAAAGCUGCCUCCUGUUCCGCGUGGCGAACCUGCUGCCAUCGCCGCUUCUGCACAUUCGCCUGCAGGCGGUGCUUUACCAGACGCACGGCACAGAGCUGCUGCACCAGACGGCUGUUCCCUUCACUCUCGACCACAUGGACGGCGAGGAACACUGCCCUUUCUUCCUGUCCCCGCUCACAUACUGCCACGCCAUAACCGAGACCAGCCCCUUCUACAGGCAACAGCAGGUUCUUGGGAGUGUGCAGCCAGGCCUAGAGCUGGUGGUGUUCCUCACCGCCAGAGAUGAAAAUACGGGGGAGGUAUGUCAGAAGCGGACAUCCUACAUCAGCGAGGAGAUCCUGUGCAACCACUGCUACCCUCCUGCAGUGAUCAGCAAAGAGGGACAAUACACCUACAAUGUAAGGGACUUUGACAGGCCCCUUCCAGACCCAGGUGUAAACAUCGAGAGAUCCGCGAUGAACGGGGCUCUUGCAGACCAGAGAGACAAUGAAUCCAACGAAGGAAACCAUUCCACUGUCGCUCUGAUUAUCGAUGAGUCCAGCCCCUAAUUAUUUUCAUCUCUUGAAGAAAUAUUGACAAAAAGAACUUUCCAAAAACACAUCCACAACUAAAAGGUAUUUAAAAUGACAACUCACUUAAAUAUGUAUGUGAAUUAGUUGUCAACCUACCAACAUAUACGUGUUGUGAAUAAGCUACAGAUGAAUUAGUUUAUCUGUAUGGGUAGGAGAGACGAUUAAUAAUGCAACUCAAACUUUGGCCUCUUCUAAAAAAAUAUCUAUAGACACUGAAGUACUGAGUUGCUUUUAGAAAGGCAGGUGGCGCACAUUUUAAAUAAAUGUAUCACUAUAUUCUUGGUUCUCUCGGCAAAGUCACGUAGAAGGGAAAUAAUAAAAUAACAGUGAAAUCUUGUUUUAUUUGUAU